CCGCCCGGGGGAAGAAGUCCCGGGCCCACUGAAGUCGAUUCCAAGAUGGCGGCGCAGUCGCGGGGCCGCCGCGAGGACUCUUAACGGAACGGGGGGGGGGGGGCGUGUUUGGAGCGACCGCCUCAAACGCUGUGAAAAAGAGGGCAACGGCUCCCCAGUGAGAAACCAGGCCCACCAAGCGAACAUUUCGGGCAGAGCAAAGAUGGCCCCAGCUUGUGAACAGCUGCAGUUUCACUUCCCCGGCUAUGGGGACGGGGUGUUGCGCCGGAUGGACCAGUUGCGGGAGCAGCGGCGCUUCUGUGACGUGACAGUGCAGGUGAACGAGCUGCGAGUUCCUGGGCACCGUGUUGUCUUUGCAGCCUGCUCCCCUUUCCUGCGGGACCAGUUCCUGCUCAACGACUCCGAAGAGGUGUCCGUCUCGCUCUUCCAGAGCCCCGAGAUCGGGCACCAGCUUCUGCUGUCCUGCUACACGGGGUGCCUUGAGGUCCCCGUCAAGGAGCUCGUCAACUACCUGACGGCCGCUUCGUUCUUGCAGAUGGGCCACGUGGUGGAAUGCUGCGCCCAGGCGCUGUCCCGCUACUUAGUGCCCAAGGCUGAUGCCCGGCGGCGGGAGGAGGAAGAGAAGGGGAAGUGCUUACAGGAGGAGGAGGAGGAGGAGGAGGAGAAGUAUCGCCCUUCUGCACUCAGAGGGAGGGCACGUUCUGAGGAAGGGGUGACGGAGGGGUCUGAUUUUGCCCCCCAUAGCUCCUGCAGCCCCUCCUCCCCAACAAUCUCACUCUCUCUUAUCAACUCAGCGGUGGAGCUGACUCGCAGCUACCUGCAGGGUUGCUUGGAUGAGGAGACGAGCAGCGGAGCCCUCCCUUUCCCGCCCCCAGCCCCCGCUCCUGGCUCCCAGUGGAGGCGCUACCCCUUGCACUGUCACCGACGCAGCACAGCCACGGCUUACAGGGACCGGAGGCCGGGCGGCGGGGCGGCGGGGUGGAAGGCGCCCGAACUGGAGCGCCCGUACCGCUGCCCGCGCUGCAGCAGGGUCUUCCAGCAGCUGGGCCAUUUCGUGAGCCACGUGCAGGAGCACAAGCUCUUCCUGUGCCUGCGCUGCGGCAAGGUCUUCUCGCAGAAGAGCAACCUGACGCGGCACAUCCGGGUGCACACGGGCUUCAAGCCGUUCCAGUGCCCCGUCUGCCGCAAGUGCUUCACCCAGAACGCCACGCUGCAGGACCACCUCAACCUGCACAGCGGCCUCAAACCCCACCGGUGCAACUACUGCGACAUGCACUUCACCCACAAGCCGGGCCUGCGGCGCCACCUCAAGGAGAUGCACGGCAAGAGCGCCUUCGAGAACAGCCACGAAGAGAUCGAAGAGGUGACCGUUGGCUUUGAUUGAUGCGGGGGGACGGCUGGCUGGCUGGCUGCCAACUGGACAGCGGGCUCUUCCCCUGAGGCCAGGAUAUCUUGUUUGGGUGAGAGGGGCGGUGGAAGCGCAAGAAACCUGCCACAGGCUGAACUCGAUGUCUUGGAGGGAGGCGAUCCCACAAGCCCACUUGCUCCAUUGCUCAUCGGAAGGGAAAUGAUGCAAUCCAAGUGUUCCCUUUUGAUAGAGAGAGAGGCCACGGACUGUUCAGUUUCCUAGACAGGAUGAGAUCAUUCCAAGCACAGAGGGGACCAAGACCAUUGGCUCAGGUCUCAUGUUGGCUUCUCUGGGAUGUUAUUCCUUCCCGGCGCAGAAGGGACCCUGCUGUCAAAAUCGGGGAGACGGUUGCCUCAGGGGGAAGGUUCUCAGUGUCACGAAGGGAGCAGCUGGGGAAGAUCUGACCCCUGUUCCGCAAGGCGCUGGACAGUUCUGCUGGGUGGGACCCAUUGGAACAUAGGGGGGAGUUCGCAAGGACGCACUCUUGCCCUUCGGUUCUGUACGGAUUGUGUCAGAGAACUAGGGAUAGCACUUGAAAAAACAAUUCUGAAUUUUAAAAAUUUGGGUUUUACAAAGGGUUUCCACACUGGCAUUCUGGAUUAUUGGGGUAUCCUGUUUUUUAAAAAAUUAUGUCCAUUAUUCCUUACGGAGCACUCUUUUCAGGGGGCUGGAAUGGCUGGUGUAGAACCACGGGGCAUCCAAAUUGCAUGGAAACUAGUACUGCCUGUCCACUAAAGACCCCUGAAGUUUCAGGCGAAUUGGA